AUGGCAUCCACAUCUUAUGGCAUAUCUUCAACGAUGACCUCCAUCUAUCUACCAGCGGACGGCGAGAGCCAAGUUUAUCUAACUGUGUCUGCAAUCGUUGCCGGCACUCUUUUCCUUCUCCAUGAAGAUGUCUUCCAGGACUGUGUCAGGGAUGAACCCGAGUCUGAUGACACUCCGGAAGGGACCAGAGUCCCCACCUUCGCGUUUUUGUUACAACACCCGCAGCAAGGAAAACUCUUCUUUGAUCUUGGAUUGAGAAAGAACGGAGAAGGUUAUGCCCCCUCAGUAAUGGAAGGCGCAAUUCCUACAUUCAAAGUAGAAUGCGACGAAGACAUCGUGGACAUCAUUGCGAAGGCAGACCCUCCUAUUGAACCUCAGGACAUAAACUUCGUAAUUUAUAGUCACCUACAUUUUGACCACGUUGGAGAUCUCGCACCAUUUUCCCGCGCAACGCUCGUGAUGAGUCGAGAAUCCAAGAUUUUCACACUUAAUCCAUACCCUGAUGAUCCACGAAGCAAGUACAACGCCUUGCCAACUGGUCAGCGCGUUUGUUAUCUUGAUUUUGCGGCGGAUGCGUCCCCAGCGCAAGAUAUGCCUCACGCAAGACUCAUUCAACCACUGGGAUCAUUUGACCGCGCUAUCGACUUGUUUGGUGACGGUUCGCUCUACCUCAUCGACACACCUGGGCACAUGAGCGGACAUAUGACUGCUUUGGCGCGCGUCGCAAAAGAUGCAUUCGUCCUCCUUGCGGCUGACACUUGCCACAGUCGCCAGUGCUAUGCUCCGUCCUCUGCCGGCUUGGUGAGGGAGAUAUCUUCGUUGAACUACCAAGAGUGGGACGUAGCCAAGGCAACAGUCACGAAACUCACGGAGAUGAGCCAGAUGGCCAACGUCAUUGUGGUGCUGGCGCACGAGGUAGAGAGACUACAGGAGAAACGCGAAGAAGAUACAAUGCCUUUAUUUCCGCAGCCGCUGAACGCAUGGGCAAGUCAGCAGCUUGAGAAGAAGUCCAGGAAGUGACGAAUAGGGCGAUGUAAAUUAACCUGUAAAACAAUCAGAACAUGUAAACAGAUACGAAUGCUGGAAUUCAUGAGGAGUACUUGCUCGGUCC